AUGAGUGACCCCGCUCCCGCCGGACCCCUCGUCCACCGCUGUCAAAAGUGCAACGCCGUAGAAGCAGGAAAGAAGCUUCUACGAUGCCGUGGCUGCCUAGCAGUACGCUAUUGCAACAUAAAGCACCUGAAAGCCGACCUUCCUAACCACAAAUCCGCCUGCAACGGCAUCAAGAAGGCUCGCGUCAAGCUGGGAAAGGAGACAGCACUUGUCCGCAACCUCCCGGCGGAGGGAGAUAUGCCGGCGAAUGUCUUCGAGGCAGGCGUGGGCAACUUCUAUGACUUCCCACGUACAGAUGAUUAUAUGAAGGCCCGAUACAACUUCGCGGUGAGGCAUCUCUAUAUGCUGGGCACGCUCGACAGCACCACCUUGGCCCUCCGGCACAUGCAGGACAUGAUUAGGCUGGAUAACUUCGACGAUAAAUAUGCCCACCUUAUUAUCCCCUACGCCAUGCUCUGCUUGGACCUCGACCAGGAAAGCUGUGACUUCAUCAAGAAAUGGGGGUUCCCUACCCCGUCGUUAGCCAAUGUCCAAGGGACUGAUGUCUUUGAGUACCCAGAGCUCAUCAUCGGCGAAGAUCGCAUGCUUGAGCGCCUGGUCGCUCUUUUGCUGCUAAGACUGAAACUUCUGGUUGAUGUCAUCAAUGUGAUCAAGGCCCGGAAGGCCCUCUCUCGGACUCCUCUCCCUGUUGAAAUUCAGAAUGUUAUAGAGAAGAAGGUGGUUCGGAGCCCGCUGUCGGCCCAUCUGUACCAGGAAUCCACCGCGGGCCUCCUGAAGAUACAGCAGAAAAUGAUCCACGGGAUCCGCGAGCUCAGUAUUGCUGUAAAUGUCAUGGACAAGAACUUCAUAUCCGAGCUCUUUGCUGUAGGCAAGCUACUCAACAUCAAGGUCAGGGCGAACGAUCCUGAGGCCAUAGGAUAUGCACCGCAUGUGGCAAAGUAUUCCUAUCCCGCGUGGCGGGGAACUGAAGGCGUCCUCCAACUGUUGGCUGACGCGCAUGCCGGCGGGGUGAAGGCUCUGGAAACAGCUAUUCAAGGCACCAAGCACUCGGAGAGCAGCGCCCGGGGCAAUUUUUCGCGCAGUGGCGCAGAGAUCCUCAGUUCCAUGGGCUUGGAGCUCAUAUGGGAACAUCUCGAAUGGGUUGUCGAGGAAGCCGCUUACUUCGGACCGCCCGCUGAGCGACCUUCGAAAUACUUGGCAAAGGUUCACCAGGGAUUCUGGACCCGUACUUUCAAUUAUGAGCAAUUCAUGUCCGACAUCGAUGCUGAUGCUGAAGGCUUCAGCUCCGAGAAACUCGAGAUGUUGCGGUCCAUAAUAUACGGAGCCUUGUAUGGUGCUGAAUCUGACGAGGAGACGAGGGAAAUGAUGAGAGUUUUGGCUAGGGGGAUGAACAUUGAGGGGCCACAGAAAAUAAGGACUCGGUAUAGCGAAUCCCAGAAUAGUCCAUGGAGUUUCGAAUAUUUCGACUCCUCUCUUUGGAAGGAUUGA